UUGGCUUCAAAGCACCAAACAAAGCUAAUUGGAAUUCAACCAUCAACCAUGUUCUUCAAAAAAUCACUGAUCGUUCUGGUUCUUGUUGGAGCCAUCGCUGCCCAACACUAUUACCAAGAGCAGCAGCAUCAUCACCACCAUGAGGAAGAACACCAUGGUCCAGCUCACUACGAGUUCCACUACGAUAUCCAUGAUGACCACACUGGAGAUGUGCAGGGACGCAAGGAAUCUCGCAAGGAUGACCAGACCCAGGGAGAAUACUACCUGAUUGAUGCUGAUGGCCACAAGCGCACUGUCACCUAUCACGUUGAUGGCAAAAGUGGAUUCAUUGCUGAGGUGCACCGUGAACCAAUCAAGGGAUACCAGGCGCCGCAGCCCGUGCACAAGAUCGUGGCUGUUCCAGUGCAUCAUGGGUAUCAUCAUUAGAAUAAUUUGAAGAUUUUUUCGGUUAAGUAGUAAAUGUGAUAGGAACGGGUUGUUAUGUAGGAAAAAUAAAAAAAAACUGUGAAUA